AUGGGAUUCAAAGCUCUCUGUUUGGGGCUUCUUUUUGUUAGCUUUUUAUCAUAUAUUUAUACACCCAUGCCUGACAACAUUGAAGAAUCCUGGAAACUAAUGACCCUGGAUGCAAUUGCUAAAACUUUAAAUAUUAUGGCUGAGUGCCUUGAAAUCAUAGGUGUUAUGAGAUACGAAGACUUUAUCUCUAUGAUAAUCAGUCUGGAUCACACACCACCAUAUUCUGAUGAACACAUCACAGUAACUGAUACUGCCUUUGUGGACAUUCCUGCGCGUUUGUACUUACCCAAGAAAAAGUCAAAAUCCCCAAGGCGUGCUGUGAUCUAUUUUCAUGGAGGAGGUUUUUGUUUUGGGAGUUGUAAGCAGAGGGCUUUUGAUUUCCUGAAUAGAUGGACUGCAAAAGAACUUGAUGCAGUUGUUGUAGCAAUAGACUACAGGUUAGCUCCUCAGCAUCACUUUCCUGCACAAUUUGAAGAUGGUGUCACAGCAGUCAAAUUUUUUCUUCAGGAUAAAAUUCUUUCAAAAUAUGGAGUAGAUCCUACUCGAAUUGCUGUGUCAGGAGACAGUUCUGGAGGAACUCUGACUGCAGCGGUGACACAGCAGGUGCAUAAUGAUCCUGAGAUAAAGCAUAAAUUCAAGCUGCAAGCCCUACUGUAUCCUGCCUUACAGGUGGUUGACUCUUACUCGCCAUCUCAUCAAGAAAAUGAACAUGGAAUAAUUCUGACAAGGGACAUAGCCAUAAAACUUGUGAGUUUGUUUUAUUCCAAGGAUGAUGCACUUCGACAGGCAAUAAAAAAAAACCAGCACAUGCCCCUGGAGUCCAGACAUCUGUUCAAGUUUGUCAACUGGAGUAUUCUGCUCCCUGAGAAGUUUAGAAAAGACCAUGUGUACACUGAGCCUGUGCUUGGAAGAUCAGCUGUCUCCCUGCCAGCUCUGAUGGACCACAGAGCAUUGCCCUUGAUAGCCAAUGAUACUUACCUACAGCACUUGCCACGAACAUAUAUUCUUACCUGUCAAUAUGAUGUCCUGAGAGAUGAUGGGAUCAUGUAUGCUUCAAGACUUCAAAAUGUUGGAGUCCAAGUUGAACACGACCAUGUUGAGGAUGGAAUCCAUGGAGCCUUAUCAUAUAUGACAUCACCAUUUCACUUACAUCUAGGGCUGAGGAUAAGAGACAUGUAUGUUAGUUGGCUAGAUAAGAAUUUAUAA